GGCGGAGGCGAGGAGAACCGCGGGAGCCCUCUCCGCCGCGGGUACGUGCGAGUCCAGUGGUACCCGGAGGGCAUCAAGCAACACGUCAAAGAGACCAAGUUGAAGCUCGAAGACAGAUCAGUGGUGCCUCGAGAUGUCGUCAGGCACAUGGGCUCACGUGACAGCCAGUGUGGGACGGUUGUUGAUGUCAAUAUAGAGUGUGCAGUAAAACUGGUGGGAACCAACUGUAUCUUGUAUCCUGUCAACAGCAAAGAUCUUCAGAAUAUCUGGCCCUUUAUGUAUGGUGACUGCAUAGCCUAUGACUGGUGGCUUGGAAAGGUGUAUGAUUUAAAGAACCAAAUCAUUCUGAAGCUCUCCAAUGGCGCCAGAUGUUCCAUGAGCACAGAAGAUGCAGCAAAACUCUAUGAUGUCUGCCCACAUGUCAGUGAUUCAGGCCUCUUUUUUGAUGAUUCAUAUGGCUUUUAUCCUGGGCAAGUUCUCAUUGGUCCUUCAAAAGUCUUCUCAAAUGUGCAGUGGCUUUCAGGAGUGAAACCUGUACUCAGUACGAAGAGCAAAUUCAGAGUUGUGGUAGAAGAGGUACAGGUAGUAGAACUGAAAGUUACUUGGAUCACUAAAAGCUUCUGUCCUGGGGGAACUGAUAGUAUAAGCCCACCACCAUCUUUAAUCACACAAGAGAAUUUAUCUAGGGUAAAGCGUCUGGGCUGUUUUGACCAUGCUGAGCGGCAACUUGGGGAAAGGUGUCUGUAUGUAUUUCCAGAGAAAGUGGAACCAGCAAAAAUCACGUGUGAAUGCCCAGAGAGAAACUGUGUUCUGGGAGAAGGAUCUGUUUCCAAGAAGGUGGCCUGUCCUUGUUUCGUAUCCAACGUAAAGCCUGAAAAGGUAAGGAGACUACUGAAGAAACAAAUAGUGAAGAUCAUGUCAUGUUCCCCAGACAGUCAGAGUACCCUUGAUCUCCCCGAAGGAGAAUCUGCUGCAGCAGGUGAUCAACAAUCUGAACAUCUUAAAGCAAACUUGAAAUGUGGAGCAGAGGACUCUGGCAGUGAUACUGUAAGCUUGCAGGAGGUAAAGAGAGAGCACAUUAAUGAAACAAGGAAAAGCUUGUCUUGUGAAGCAGCUGGCCUGCAGUUGCAACCACCGUUUGUACUGAAACGGGAUGAUGGCUCCUCAGACUACAAUCUGCAGUCUAUAGAACAGGAUGCUGAUGAUGAAGCAGCCGAUGACACAGAUGACACGAGCUCUGUAACAUCUUCUGCCAGCUCCACAGCUUCUUCUCAAAGUGGCAGUGGUACAGGACGCAAAAAAAGUAUCCCGCUUUCUAUUAAAAACCUCAAGAGGAAACAUAAGAAAAAGAAAACCAAGGUUUCCCGGGAAUUUAAACCAGGUGACAGGGUUGCUGUCGAAGUGGUGACCACGAUGACAUCAGCAGAUGUGAUGUGGCAGGAUGGCACGGUGGAGAAAAACAUUCGUUCCAAUGAGCUAUUUCCUGUCCAUCACUUGGACAAUAAUGAGUUUUGCCCUGGGGACUUUGUAGUAGAUAAAAGAGCUCAGAGUUCUCAGGAUCCUGGUAUGUAUGGAGUGGUGCAGUCAGGUGACCAUGUUGGUCGCACCUGUGUGGUGAAAUGGUUCAAGCUGAGACCUAGUGGAGAUGAUGUGGAGCUGGUUGGGGAGGAGGAGGAUGUCAGCGUGUAUGACAUUGCUGAUCACCCAGACUUCCGCUUCCGCACAACUGAUUUUGUAAUCCGCAUUGGCAAUGCUGAGGAUGGUGCUUCAAUUGGUGAAAAUGAGCCCUCUGUAGGGCAGGUGGCCCGAGUGGAUUUCAGCAGUAAAGUAGAAGUUGUAUGGGCAGAUAACUCCAGGACAAUUGUUCUACCACAGCACUUGUACAAUAUAGAAUCUGAAAUGGAUGAAGAGACAGACCUUGAUUCCAUAGAUGGUAGCACUAGUGGUGCUUCUUCAGAUGAAUGGGAAGACGAGAGUGAUAGCUGGGAGACAGAUAAUGGCCUCAUGGAAGAUGACCACACAAAAAUUGAGGAAGUUGAACCUGAGGAACUACCUGUGGAAGAGGUGAAAAGGGUAGAGGAACAAGUACAAGGUGCUGUGGCAAUGGCUGUGGCUGAUCUAGCAGCAGAUAAGUCAGGCAAGGAAGGAACCCCAAAGAGUUUCCGAGAGUUGAAGGAAGCCAUCAAGAUCUUGGAGAGCCUGAAGAAUAUGACAGUUGAACAACUGCUGACAGGCUACCCAACCUCUCCCACAGUCGAACCAGAAAAGCCUACUCGGGAGAAGAAGUUUCUAGAUGAUAUAAAGAAACUGCAGGAGAAUCUGAAGAAGACCCUGGACAAUGUAGCUAUUGUGGAAGAAGAAAAGAUGGAGGCAAUGGCAGAGGCAGAGAAGAAAGAAGAAAGAGAAGCCCAGACACAGACACCAGUGGCAUCAGAAUGGCCCAGUGAAACCCCAGUGCUUUGCCAGCAGAGCGGAGGCAAGCCUGGUGUUACCUUCACCAGUGCCAAGGGGGAAGUCUUUUCUGUGUUAGAGUGUGCUCCAGAUAGCCAUGCCUUUAAGAAAAUGGAAUUUCAGCCUCCAGAAGCCAAGAAGUUUUUCAGCACAGUGAGGAAAGAAAUGGCUCUGUUAGCAACUUCAUUGCCAGAUGGAAUCAUGGUCAAAACAUUUGAAGACAGAAUGGAUCUCUUCUCAGCACUAGUCAAAGGACCUACGCGCACACCGUAUGAAGAUGGCCUCUUUUUAUUUGACAUCCAGCUCCCCAAUAUCUAUCCAGCUGUGCCCCCACUCUUCCGUUACCUCUCCCAGUGCAGUGGCAGACUGAAUCCCAAUUUGUAUGACAAUGGAAAGGUUUGCGUAAGCCUUCUGGGCACAUGGAUAGGCAAGGGCACAGAGAGAUGGACCAGUAAAUCUAGCCUUCUCCAGGUGCUCAUCUCAAUCCAAGGGCUUAUCCUAGUCAAUGAGCCUUAUUACAAUGAGGCUGGUUUUGACAGUGACCGGGGCUUACAAGAGGGCUAUGAAAACAGCCGAUGCUACAAUGAGAUGGCUUUGAUCCGUGUGGUGCAGUCAAUGAUGCAACUGCUGCGCAAGCCCGUAGAAGUCUUUGAGCAGGAGAUCUAUGAGCAUUUCUGCUGUAAUGGUUGGCGCCUGGUCCACCGUAUUGAGUCCUGGGUGGAGACAAAUGAACUGGUGGAAAGGAGUCAUGAUCACGCCGGUCUGGCAGAGUCUUCCUUUGUGCAUUCAGCAGGAGACAUUCUGGCUGAGAGUCCUGUAGACAGUAUGGGGCCAUUGGGAGAGCAAGAGUUAGGGGCUGCGGCAGCAGCUGGCCAACUCUCUGAUGGCAAGGAGGAGCUGGAAGACUCUGGUUGUGGAAUGUCAACACUGGCUGCUAGUGACACCCAUCAGUGUUCAGACUCUGAGAGUAUGGGCCAGGCCAGAGAAGCGCAUUCUGUCAGAGACGUAACAGAUGAGGGUAAAGCCGCUCAGGACUCUGCUGUUCAGCCAAGUGUGAAACCAAAGAAAAGGAGAAAGAGCUACAGGAGCUUUCUCCCUGAGAGGAGCGGCUACCCUGAUAUUGGGUUCCCCCUCUUUCCAUUGUCUAAAGGGUUCAUAAAGAGCAUCCGUGGUGUCUUGCAGCAGUACCGGGCUGCCUUAGUAGAGGCCAGUAUCCCAGAGUGGACAGAAGAUAAAUAAAAAAUCAGGUUAGGGACAGACAGGCACACAGAAAAAAGGGGGAAACAGGGAGGAAGAACCUAGCAAAAGUUGUUAACAAUAAAUAGACUGUCUCACUGCA